AUGCUUGCUGCAUUAGAUUACAUUCAUGCACAAUGCCCUGAUAUUACACAUAUUUAUGAUUUACCACUACGAUCAACUGAAAAUCGUCCAUUGCGCGUGAUUAUUAUUUCGGAUCAACCAGAAAUUCACGAACCACUCGAACCUGAAUUCAAAUACGUAGCCAAUAUGCAUGGAAAUGAAGUUGUUGGACGAGAACUAUUAUUAAGAUUAGCAGAAUACCUUUGUCAAGAAUAUCAAAAUCGAAACGAACAAAUUCAAAAUCUAGUUGAUAACACUCGAAUUCAUUUGAUGCCUUCGAUGAAUCCAGAUGGAUGGGAGAUUGCUGCUCAGUAUGCAUGGAAUACAACACAAGAUCUUGCUUUUCCAGACAUAUCUACAAUGAUGAAAGAAUAUGGUGCGAAAGAUUAUCUUAUGGGACGUGCAAAUGCUAGAGAUAUUGAUUUAAAUCGAAAUUUUCCUAAUCUAGACAAAUUUAUUUAUGCAUAUAAUCACCAUUCACACCAUAAAAACAAUCAUUUAGAUAUGGAAACAUUUCGUUUGUUAUUAAAAGAUCAUGAUUGUAUGAAAAAGCCCUAUCAAAUUGAAACGAUUGCAGUUGCCUUUUGGAUUAUGCAAAGUCCAUUCGUUUUGUCGGCUAAUUUACAUAAUGGUGAUCUUGUUGCCAAUUAUCCCUAUGAUACUUCGGAAAAUAGUCGCAAACAAUAUUCCGGAUCACCUGAUGAUUAUCUAUUUCGACAGUUAGCUGAAGCUUAUUCUUAUGCGCAUAAACAAAUGAGUUCACCAGGUCAACGGUGUGAUGGCGAGCACUUUAAAGAUGGAAUCACCAAUGGUGCUGCCUGGUAUCCCGUAUGUGGCGGAAUGCAAGAUUUCAAUUAUUUAGCAAGUAAUUGUUUUGAAUUAACAUUUGAACUUGGCUGCGAUAAAUUUCCACCUGGAAAAGAAUUGAAAUCGCUUUGGGAUGACAAUCAACAUUCAUUAAUUAAUUACAUGAUGAAAACUCAUACAGGAAUCAAAGGUUUAAUUCAAAAUGAAGAAGGAGAAAGUAUUUCAAAUGCAGGAAUUAAAAUCUAUUACAUAAAGGAUGGUGAAAUGAAUUACAUUGAUCAUGAUGUGAAAUCAAAUCUCGAUGGAGAUUACUAUCGCUUACUCCCGGAUGGAUCAUAUGCCAUUGAAGUUAAUAGCUUUGGAUACAAGAAAGCAAUUCAAUAUGUAACAGUUCAAAAUCAGAUAGAUCAAGUCAAUGCUCAACGAGUUGAUUUUGUUCUUAAACAAGCAACGAUGGAAGAAAUAAAUCGUCAAGAAGUUAUGAAAAAAUAUUGGAAAUAA